GCUUUCCCUUUGGCUUCGUAGCUGCUUACAAAGUUGCCUGGGAAGCCAAGCGUGCGUGCCUGCGUAGGGGGCAAUUCCGAGAGGAGGGUCUCCAGCAAUGAAGCAUCGUGUCUGCCCAGCCAGGUGAGAGCUGGGCAGGUUUGUUAUGACAUCGCCCUUUAGUGGGGGUUGUGGCAGAGAGGAGGGGGGAGAGAGAGAGAGAGAGAGACAAGUGGAGGCUGCAGCACCCCGGCAGUGAUAUCAGACACGGGAUCUGGCAGCUUUGGGGUAAGCUACCACCUCUGCGCUCCGCCGCUCAGCGCAUCCUGGAUCUCCAGCUCGAAGGGGAGAGGGACCCAGCAGCGGCGAUCACGGCAACGUCAAAUGGUUUUAUUUCUUCGUGACCUCUCUCUUCUCCUCUCUCUCAUCAAUAAUUCACCUGAGAGCUUUUCCCCCCCCCCGCUCCUUCUCACUCUCUUUUUUGCUGCGGAGAGAGGGGAGAAAAAGGGGCACCGGGAAGUGUUUAUUUUGUUCGGCAGCUUUUUGCGGCGCGUUUUAAAGAGCUCGCGGAAGGACCCGGGGAAAGAAAGCAAGAAAAAAUAAAAAGGCGCAAAGUGGUGGCGGGGCGGGAGGAGGAGGAGGAGAAGAGAAGAAGGAGAGGAAAAAAAGAGACGGCGGGAAGAAGCCGGAGGAAAGAAGACUUUCGGCGCGGCGUCGCCGGGAGGUGCGGGUGCGCCCGUGCGGCUGUGCGUGUCGGCGCGGGUGCGUGUGCGCGGGUGCGGGCGUGUGCGCGGGUGUGCGCGGGGGGGGGGGGGGCAGCGGCUGCCGCUGCUGCCGGCGGUGCCCGCUGGUGCGCGGCGCGGUGGCCGGAGCGGGGCGCGGAGCGGCGGCGCGGGCGGCCGCGGGUGCCGACCAUGGGCUGGCGGCUGCUGCCCGCCGUCCUGCUGGCCCUGGCGCUGGGCGGCCCCGCGGCGCGGGCGCAGAACGAUACGGAACCCAUCGUCCUGGAGGGCAAGUGCCUGGUGGUCUGCGACUCCAACCCGGCCACCGACGCCAAGGGUUCGUCUUCCUCUCCGCUGGGCAUCUCCGUGCGGGCGGCCAACUCCAAGGUCGCCUUCUCGGCCGUGAGGAGCACCAACCACGAGCCCUCCGAGAUGAGCAACAAGACGCGCAUCAUCUACUUCGACCAGAUCCUAGUAAAUGUGGGCAAUUUUUUCACGUUGGAGUCUGUCUUUGUAGCACCAAGAAAAGGAAUUUACAGUUUCAGUUUUCACGUAAUUAAAGUCUAUCAGAGUCAAACAAUUCAGGUUAAUUUGAUGCUAAAUGGAAAGCCAGUCAUUUCUGCUUUUGCCGGGGACAAGGAUGUCACACGUGAAGCUGCCACUAAUGGAGUCCUGCUCUACCUAGACAAGGAGGAUAAGGUUUACCUGAAAUUGGAGAAAGGUAAUCUGGUCGGUGGAUGGCAGUAUUCUACGUUUUCUGGCUUUCUGGUCUUUCCCCUGUAAAGUCAAUUUUCCUGUGACAUUCAUCCAGGUGUGGACUCAUCAUUGCCUCUGUUACAUGAAGAUCAUUUUAUCAUCAUGGGAUUGAUGUUUCUUUAUUGGUUUUUCAUGGGUGAAUAUGGAUUCUCUUUAUGGAUUUUGGCCCCAUCUGAACUACUCAGAAGUUUCACAGAAUUUUGUGUGUUUAAAUACAAUAUAUUUGGAUUGAGACUAAAGCAGACAAUAAAUAUCUAUGCUUAAUGUUACAGUCUAAAGCUGCCUGCAAGAUUUAUUCAGAGUUCAUUUACUGGACUUACUGGAUUCAUGGGAGAAGUGGAUUUUCUUUAAUUAUGAAAAGACUGGCAACCAGGUCUAUAAUUUAGGAGAGUUUGAGUUCAGACUUCAAUCAAGAGUUAGUGUGUUGCUGCCAAAGAACCGUAUAUUGAUAUAUUGGUCAUACAUGUUUUUGUCACUGGGACUUAACUGACAUGAUCUAUUCCAUUGUCUUGAGAAAGGUAAUUAUUAUUGAUAAGUGGUUGACUUCAAUUCUCCUCUGCGUGUAGUGUGUUGGAUGAUUCACCCAUAUAUUUAUGCUCUGUCACCGGUCACAAUCAAGUCUAGCUUACAUAAAGCUAAGAGGUUAUGCUUGUAUUUUAGUUGGGUAUGUAAAGUAUUCCUCUUUUCCAUGUGCUGUUUUCUAAAAAGAAGAGCAGAUUAUAACCAUUAAGAAAAAUAUUCUUACCAGGGUUAAAGGUGAUCAUUCAGGCACAACUUUGCAAAACAGCUUUGCCCUGCAGGAAAUCUCACACUUGUUCUUCAGUUUUAAUUAACAUGAUUGAUAAUAACUGCUUUAUUAAAAACCUAAGGGAUUCCUUCCUUAGACACAACCACUUUAUUAGCUGGAGAUGAGAUCCCCUUGUUUGUAAUUAUGUCUAUUUUUCAAACCUUCUGUUGUGUUAAAGGUAUCAUCUGGUUUUGCCUUAACUCCACAACUGUAUAUAAUUUUAGAUCCUAUGUUUAACAAAUAUUAAAUCCAAAUAGCCGGUACCUAACUUGGUGCAAUAUCUUUUCGGCUUUUUGUACAGGUCAUAUGAAUUCAUAAACUUAUUUAUUAUAUCAUUGUUACAUAAUAAAGAUUAAUAUAUGUUAGCUG